AAAAUAUUGAAUGUCACCAAACUUUUAUUCAUUUACUUUUCCCAGAAGGUCCCACAAACCAUUUCACUUCCUUCCUCUUUUCCUUUCCUGUUCAUGUUUACUCCAUUUCCAGCAUGUACUUCGUCAUCCUUAUCAGAGGUAAAUUUACUUUCAGGAUUCCUUCUAUCGUCGACCGGAACGAAGAAUCCAGCGGUACCGGGGACCUCGACGACGAUGCCAUUGAGAUCCGGUCUUCCCUCUCCCACUGGUUACUUUUCCCGGCGUGA